UGUUGACCUUUGAGAAGCCAUUUUCAUCAGAAAGUACCUAGUUGAGUCACAGGAGAGAAAAAAAGGACAGUGCCCAGGAGGAGUUGGUAUAUUCAGUAACAUUGAGGGUCUGUCUUCACAUACCAACCCUCAAGUUGCUGUGAUAAUGUUUUCUUUCUCGACGACGUUCCAGCCACAGGUAACAAGUCAACUCAUUGGCCAACUCAUCAAUGCCCUUCAUUCCCUGAAGAAUUCAGCCAGCUCCAAGGCAACAGCUUCUGUCCAGGGUCUGCAAAAAGAUGUCACACCAGAGCAGGACCCGCUGCUCACAGAGCCCGCUGUGAACCUGCGGGACCUGGGUCUAUCAGACCUGAGGGUGGGACAGUUGGAUGAGCUGCUGAACAGGUUACUGCCCUCACUGGGCUCGGAGGACGGCCCAGCAACCUCAAGAUGGAGGACGUCCCAUGUCUCCGCAGAGUCUUUCUUCCACAACAAACAUGGGUUGUCAAACACAAAGUUGGGUGUUUUUGGAUUGCCUAUGUUCCACAGACCAAACCAGAGUCCUCUACAAGUCGUCUGUUCAGAGCUCCAGUACUGGCCUGUAAGGGUCCAGAACCGAGGCUUCAAGACUCUGAGGAAGAGCAGACGUGUGCAGUCUGGUUACGUGGGGCCGGCGGAACCAGAGGGGUACACCACAACCUUCAUGAAGGGCCUCCUCCUGAGACCAGACAAGGCCCCAGAAGCAGAGAGUCUAGACCAAGUGGUAAAGUUGAAGAACCUGCCAGGUGACCAACAAGAUGCUUUCAAGUCUGGCUUCACAGAGGGUUUCAUGAAGUCCCAGGCCUUCACUCAGAGGACACAAGACUCACUAAGGAGGACCAGGCUGAUUCUAUUGGUCCUCCUCCUCGUGGGAAUCUACGGCCUGUCAAGAACCCCGUUUCUCUCGGGUAAAGGCUCCUUUUCUGAUGCUGUGAGGUUCCGCACCACAUCAGGCCUGGACUCGCAAGUGGACCCAGUCCAGGUGAAGAGUGUGACGUUUGAGCACGUCAAGGGGGCGGAGGAGGCCAAGAACGAACUGCAGGACGUGGUCGAGUUCCUCAGGAACCCCCAGAAGUUCACUGUGCUGGGAGGAAAGCUGCCUAAAGGCAUCCUCCUGAUCGGCCCCCCGGGCACAGGGAAGACACUCCUGGCUCGGGCUGUAGCCGGGGAGGCCGACGUCCCCUUCUUCUAUGCCUCGGGAUCUGAAUUUGAUGAAAUGUUUGUUGGUGUUGGAGCUAGCCGCAUCAGGAACCUCUUCAAAGAGGCAAAAGCCAAUGCACCUUGUGUUAUCUUCAUUGAUGAGCUUGACAGUGUGGGGGGAAAGCGGAUUGAGUCACCAAUGCACCCCUACUCCAGACAGACCAUCAACCAGCUACUGGCAGAGAUGGAUGGGUUCAAACCAAAUGAAGGGGUCAUCGUUAUUGGCGCUACAAACUUUGCAGAGGCUUUGGAUAAUGCGCUGAUAAGACCGGGGAGGUUUGACAUGCAGGUGACCGUCCCUCGGCCCGACGUAAAAGGACGCACGGAGAUCCUCAACUGGUACCUUCAGAAGAUCAAAGUGGAUCCUAACGUGAAUGCAGAAAUCAUUGCCAGGGGGACGGUGGGGUUCACUGGGGCGGAGCUGGAGAACCUUGUGAACCAGGCGGCCCUGAAAGCAGCGGUGGAUGGCCUGGACCUGGUCACCAUGAAGGAACUGGAGUUCUCCAAGGACAAGAUCCUCAUGGGUCCUGAGCGCAAGAGUGUGGAAAUCGAUAAGAAGAACAAGCAAAUCACAGCCUACCAUGAGUCAGGCCACGCCAUUGUGGCGUAUUAUACAAAAGAUGCCAUGCCCAUUAACAAGGCCACCAUCAUGCCCCGUGGACCCACUCUCGGACAUGUGUCCAUGCUCCCAGAGAAUGACCAAUGGAGUGAGACACGUGCUCAGCUCCUGGCCCAGAUGGACGUCAGCAUGGGCGGCCGCGUGGCCGAGGAACUCAUCUUCGGCGACGAUUACAUCACAACCGGAGCAUCAAGUGACUUUGACGGGGCAACUAAAAUAGCCAAGAUGAUGGUGACCAGGUUUGGAAUGAGUGACAAGCUUGGUGUCAUGACCUAUGCUGACCUGACUAAACAGAGCCCUGAGACUCAGGCUGCCAUCGAAAAGGAAGUGAGGGUCCUGCUCAAGGACUCGUAUGAGCGAGCCAAAAACCUCUUGAAGACAUACAGUGACGAGCACAAGACGCUGGCUGAGGCUCUGCUAACGUACGAAACGCUGGAUGCCAAAGAGAUCAAGCUGGUCCUGGAGGGCAAGUCCCUGGACCCUAGAUGACUCUGUGGCCAAGUCAGAGACAGUUAGACAUCAGAGUUGGGUUUAAUUCCAUUUAAAUUCUAGUUAAUUCAGAAAGCUAACCAAAUUCUAAUUCCAUGUUUUGUCCUCAAUGAAAAGCAUUGACGAGAAUUAGGAUUUCAGUGUACUUCUUGAAUUAAAAUGGAAUUGACCCAAACCUUGUUGGACAAAUUAUAUGUAUUAUAUGAAGAUGUGCAAUGGAGUGGAGGCCUUUGUAGUAUUUUCUCUUUCUCAAUGUAAAUUACACACUGAAUUUGUGUUUUAGUUAACAAUCACAUUUUAUGUUAUCCCUCUUGGUUUUGACACCUCAAAGACAUUGUUGGGCAGGCAUUCCCUUAUGGCAACUUGGUCAACAGAGAUAAAAGCCUGUCGAUAGAUUAUUUUUAACACCCCAAACUCAAAAUGCCCACCUUUUGUUGCCAUUUAUUUGAUAGAUAUUGUCCUUAUGCCCCCCA